AUCUGAGUCACAUGACUGAACGGAUCUUAAACUUCGCCCUGGAGAUCAUCUACCUGCUGACCGGAGAGGUGAGGAGGAUUCUGGGAGGUCUCAUGACAUCACUCUUAUCUCUAUUAAUAAAACACAGACCUGACCGGAGAGGAGCAACGACAACAAGAUCCUAGAAGUCACCCGUAAGAUCAUCGAUCUGCUGACAGGAGAGGUUCCUAUAAGGUGUCAGGAUGUCACUGUCUAUUUCUCCAUGGAGGAGUGGGAGUAUAUAGAAGGACACAAGGACCUCUACAAGGACGUCAUGAUGGAGGAUCAGCCACCCCUCACAUCACCGGAUGGACCCAGUAAUGGGAACCCACCAGAGAGAUGUCCCCGUCCUCUGUAUUCCCGGGACUCCACACAGGAAGGUCACACCAUCCCUCACCACCAUCAG